UCCUGGGGCCGAUUAAGGCGUUAAAAAUGUCUCACCAGCAGCGGGUCGUCCAACUCUCCGCCGCUUCACUCGCUGUGGUCUUCGGCCCGGACGAGGAGAGUUUGCGCGCCGGCGGAGGGAAACUCAACACUAAUACUACGAGUGGUCAGGAGAUAUUUGCGGACUUCAAAGCGCAAAACUCACGUAGUUUCUGGAAUAAAAGACUCGUCAAGGCCAUAGCAGAGGUGUACUUUCAAGGAUGGAUGGAAAAUAUGGUGCUUUUCAUUCAAGGGAACGCAAACAACCUGGAGGUGCUGAGAGAAGCGUGGAUGCGCAGGGCUCUAAGGUCACCAAAGGGAUUCAUCAUUAAAGCUGUCGGUGACCUGUCCCCGGUGCAGAUGUCCCCUGUGCCCCAGUCUCAGUUCAUUCCCUUGGCUGAAGUGUUGUGCUCAGUCAUCUCAGAUAUGAACUCCUCCCAAAUCACUGUCAACCAGGAAGCACUUAUCAAUCACAUGAGCAAAGCCCACCCAGGGAUAACCAUCCCUACCCAGGACAUCCUCUAUAAUGCUCUAGGCACUCUGAUCAAGGAACGUAAGAUUUACCAUACAGGCGAAGGCUACUUUGUUGUCACCCCUCAGACCUAUUUCAUCACCAACAACAUCGUCCGAGAGAAGAAUUGGUGGACUUCUGGGUCAGCAGAUGACCCUCCUUCUCCUCCUCCCAUUACUUACCUACUGAGCAACGAUGCCUGUGUUGAGAGAACUCAGUCACUCCCAGUGGCACACUGCAAGUCUUGCAGCUGCUUCAGCCCUCUCCAAACAUCCACAAAUAUCGCCUCCACUACUGGACAAGCAACUGUCUCUCCCUCCACUGUCCCAGAUCAGCAUUCUGUCUCUGUUUCCAUAAGUGAAUGUACAGGCAAGAGCUUAAAGUGGCCUCGACAGUCAGAUCACAAACCCACAGUGCAGCAUCAGUCCACCUCCACGGCAGCAGACUGUCAGGCAAGUGAGAUCAGCAAAACUACAGCCACUACUAAUGCCACGAGCCGCAAAGAAAAAGACAACAAACCAGGGAGGAAGUUUGGUCUCAGUUUGUUCCGAAGGAAUGGAGGGAAAAAAGAGAAGCCAAAGAAAGAGUAUGCAUCUUUUUCAGGCCAGUUUCCUCCAGAAGAAUGGCCAGUAAGAGACGAGGACGACCUGAACAACUUACCCCGUGACCUGGAGCACGCUAUCAUCAAACGCAUCAACCCUGAACUGACUGUGGACAAUUUGACACGCCACACAGUCCUAAUGAAGAAGCUGGAGGAGAGGAGGGAGAAGGGGAUAGACAGAGUGUUGGACAGGUGUCUGGAUAAAGACGAUAAGGGAGUGAACAAAGGAAUGUCUACUGAGAUCCUAACAAUGUCAAAACCCAGGCAUCAUCACUCCUCUAAGGCAGGGGCAGGGAAAAGAUAUGCUCUGAAGGCCUCUCGCAGCAAGAGGAGGGCCCACUCAUCCAGAGAGAAGCAAAGGGAAAGGGAGAAGGAGAGGGUUAAGAGUAAGGCUCCCAUAUGUGCGGAUGAUUAUCCAGAGGGGGACGAUUUGAUCCCUACUCGGCUCAGAGUGGAAAUCCCUGUUGAUGAACCAGAUCAAGUGGAAGAAGGUGGAGCUGUUGAGGGAAAAUCUCUUUAUAAGAAACGAAUUGAAAACCCUUUCCAGACUCAUCCAAUCAAAGACGCAGCUGAUGCUGUAAUUCCUGCCACCAUCAACAGAGAGCAUAGAAGACGAGAGGUGAAAGAGGGCAAGGCUUCAAGGCCAGGCAGGAAGGAACGAACGAGUCACCGCUCAAAAUCAUGGGACCCACAUCGAGCCAAAGUGAUUACAACAGAUGGAGAGCAUGCAGGGAAAUCCCCUACAUCUGAGGACAGGUACGACUGUGUCCAUGAGAGGGACAUUACUGCUGAUCAUGUGCUCCAAGAAGACCUAAAGUUCAACGGAGAGCUGCCACUAGACUACAGCUCAGCCUACCCACAGAGCAGCACACUCCGGAUAGAUGAUAAGGUCAGACAUCAGAGGGAGGGAAACAGCAAGGAGAGCUGGGAGAGAGAAGGCAAAAAUGCACCUUUUCAGGAGGCAGAGUACAACAGUGUGCCAGACCACAGCCAAACUAUAGAUAAUGGUCUCUCUAGCAUCCAACAGUACUCCAAUACUAAUAGCAUUCUCCCUAUGCUUCCCUAUGAGCCUGUCAUCAACCACCCAUAUGACCCGUCUUUGCCCUGGCCCAAGCCCUCUUUACAACGGAAACACUCCCUCAGACUCUCCAACCCACAGAGGGAUGAUAUACAGAGGCCUGAUGAGCUCUUUUCACACCAGCAGGCCUGUGAUACUACAGCCACCCAGGAACAACAGGACAUUAGAACCGUCACUAUCAAUAAUAGAGUGCAAAGGGCCUUGAGCCAGGGAGAAAGGCCAGAGUUGAUAGCUGACAGCACUCCCUCAGUAACAAACACUGAUGACUUAAGAGAGGACGACUACAGGCUCUAUCAGAGAGCAGAUGAGCAGGAGGAUGAGGAUGCCUGCAGCUCCUUGUGUCUGAACGAGGAUGAGAUUAUUGAUGCUGCAAAUGUGUACCGAACAAGUGUAGCAGACUACCGUGGCCACCAGUUGGUUUACCAUAACUGUGAAUCUGAUUUGAUAUAUGAGGGACCCCACAGUCACUAUUUCAAUUCUAACUUUCACCAACCACAAGAUUCAAGGGACAGCACUUUGAAAGAUCUCAUUCCCUCAGCAACUCAGAGGGACCCUUCCCUCAGCCCCACCAGACCUGGAGAGACCAACUGGAGACUCCACCAUCACCAUCAGAGUACUAGAUCAGCAGGGGCUCAUAGUGAAUCCAACCCCAGGCAAGGUACAUUGAUCCAGGGGGAAAAACGCCACGAGGUCAACCUUGAUUUGGAUCGUCCCGAACCAUCUGAAGUUGCAGACAGUAGCAUCUUUGACUACUGCCAGACUAGUGAGAUAGAAUCAGACACUGAGACCGUCCGUAAGUCGGCUGAUGAGGGAGAUGGUGAAUCUGCUCACUGGGCAGCUGAGGUGGAAGAAGUGCAUGAGGAUGAGUUUGAUGAGACAAGUGUUCCUCAGACUCACAGAGCUGUUCUGGGUAUGCCCAGUGGAGCCAGAGGGUCUCAGAUUGGGGAAGGAGUGGAAAUUGGAGAGAACCAGAGCAUCACAGGAGACAGUGGUAUAGAUUCUCCUCGGACCCGUGUCAGUCUGGCUUCCAGCAAUACUGUCAUUCUUGAGGGUCUCAAGAGAAGAGGCUUUUUACAAAACCUGGAGAAACUGCAUUCAAAGAGCAGCACCAUUCGAACGCAGAGCUCACUGCUGCAGCUAACUCCUGUCAUGAACGUAUAGCAGGUCUACGCCCCCUGCUGAAGCUUCGUGUUGGAAGUAUGAAAAGGUCAAAACAAUGUGCUUGAAUCUCCCGCUCUGUGUAAUUGCUAUCAUCAUACCCAUCACAACAGGGGUCUGUGUACAGAUGUAUAGUAUAUAUUGUUUCUUUUUGUAAAUAAUUUUAGAGGUAAUAUGCUAUGAUUUAUCCAUUCAUGGAUUACCUUGUGUAUGUGUUGUUAAAUACAUGGUAUAUCAGCAUCCUUUUUUGUGAUACAAAUGUACAGUUUUCUUUCUCUACACAUCUCAUUGCUUAAAAUGUCUUAAAAUGUUCAUAACAGCAAUAACAUGAUCUAGCAUUUCCUUUUAUCUCGUUAAGUAGCAUUUACCACAAAUAAAAUUGUGUAUA